AUGAGUGUGCUGCCCCCUGUAUGAAAAGACCGCAUAAUCGGCCAGAUUCCUAAGUGCUUCAACAAAGGUGCCGCUCUGCAGACAGAGGAUGUGUUCCACAUCAAGGUGAUGACGGCCUGUCAGCAGCAAAGGACUGGAACAGUGGGGUUUAAAAUCUCUAAAGUCAUCGUAGUUGGCGAUCUGGCUGCAGGAAAAACCUGCUUGACUAACAGAUUUUAUAAAGAUGUGUUUGACAAGAAUUACAAGGCCACCAUUGGCAUUGACUUUGAGAUGGAGAGGUUUGGAGUUCUUGGAGACUCUUUUAGUCUACAAUUGUGGGACACAGCAGGACAGGAGAGAUGUAAAUAUAGCUCCAUAUACUACAGAGGAGCUCAGGGUAAAGUGAUUGCGUUUAAUUUAACUGACGUGGCUUCACUGGAGCAUACAAGGCAAUGGCUGGAGGAUGCAAUGAAAGAGAAUGAUCCUACUAGUGUGUUACUCUUCUUGGUCGGCACAAAGAGUUCUCCUGCCCAGUAUGAUCUAAUUGAGCAGGAUGCCAUUAAACUAGCAGAUCAAAUGAAAGCGGAGUACUGGGCUGUGUCCGCCUUAUCUGAGGAGAAUGUGAGAGAGUUUUUCUUCCGAGUGGCAUCUUUAUCUUUUGAGGAGAAUGUGCUGGCAGAACUUGAGAAAAGUGGAUCCAGACUUAUUGGGGAAGUUGUUCUAAUCAACAGCAACUCAAACAACCUGAAUGUAACUUUCAAGAAGCAGCAGCUCAACUGUUGCCAGUAA